AUGGAGUCUGGCUUUACCUCCAAGGACACUUAUCUAAGACAUUUCAAUCCCCGGGAUUACCUAGAAAAGUAUUACAACUUUGGGUCCAGACCCUCUGCGGAAAAUGAGGUUCUUAGGUAUCUUCUUCAAAACCUUUUCAAGAUAUUCUGCCUGGGUGGUGUGAAGGGAGACCUGCUGAUCGACAUUGGCUCUGGCCCCACCAUCUACCAGCUUCUCUCUGCCUGUGAGUCCUUCAAGGAGAUCAUUGCCACUGACUACACAGACCAGAAUCUUCAGGAGCUGCAAAAGUGGCUGAAGAAGGAGCCAGGGGCUUUUGAUUGGUCUCCAGUGGUGACCUAUGUGUGUGAUCUUGAAGGCAACAGAACUGAGGGGCCGGAGAAGGAGGAGAAGCUGAGACGCACCGUGAAGCAGGUGCUGAAAUGCGAUGUGACUCAGAGCCAGCCCCUGGGAGGGGUCUCCCUGCCCCCGGCCGACUGUCUGCUCAGCACUCUGUGCCUGGACGCCGCCUGCCCAGACCUCCCCGCCUACCGCGCUGCUCUCAGGAACCUGGGCAGCCUGCUCAAGCCGGGGGGCUUCCUGGUGGUGGUGGACGCGCUCAAGAGCAGCUACUACAUGAUUGGUGAGCAGAGGUUCUCUAGCCUGUCCCUGGGCCGGGAGGCCAUCCAGGCGGCGGUGGAAGAGGCGGGCUACACCAUCGAGCACUUCGAGGUGAUCUCUCAAAGUUAUUCUUCCACCACGGCUGACAAUGAAGGACUCUUCGCCCUGGUGGGGCGUAAGCUGGGCAGACCAGUAUGAGAGCCU